AUGUCCAACCAUCACCCAUCAACUUCGAUUUCUCGAGCACGACUUACACAGUCGUUACCACCAUUACCCGAAGAAGAUGCAGUACUUAUCGAACCUUACCAUGAUGAUCCAGCAGAUGAUCAAGGUGCGGAGGUCAUGGAGGGGAUGGGAGGAAACCAUAUCGAGAUGAACGAACCUCCUGGAUAUGAGCCAAUGCACGAUUAUUUGGUCAAUAGAGUACGUCGAUUAGCUCAAAUGAGGCCUCCCGAAUAUGAAUUAUCGUCGCCGGACCAUACACACAACAUACCACUUCAGCAUCAAGAACCUUACCGAGAUGACCCCUUCAUUAUUACGAUAGAUCCAAACCAACCUCCUCCACCAUCUUACGAGGCUUUAUAUAUACAAACACAGAGAGAAUUAGAGAUAUUGAACGAAGAGAUAGAUCCAGAUAUAAGCCAUGCUGAGGAUGUCUGCAAAUGGCUGGUUAGCAUGAUUUUGAUUACUUUAACAAUUAUUGCUGUUGGUUUUGCAUUCAAUUGGGGUCACCCAUUCUAA